GCGUGUCUCCCAGAGGCCCCAUAUUCCUCAUACAAAAAGUGCAUGUAAACUACAUAACAGAAGACAGGUUAGACUUAAAGGCGAAAAACAAAACUUCACUCGAUCAGUCUCUUUUCCAGACUCAGGCUGGAGGAACACAUGGCGGCGACGGAGACCAGCUUAAGCCCGGCGGUGGAGUCGGUGGUGCCGGCUUGUAUGUUCGCACCUGACCAGAGCUGCGCAGAGGAUUUGCCCGGCGCUGAGCGCAACGACGCCGGCGACAACCAGAACGGGGAAGCCGAGGAUCAUUUAGACCUCACCAGCAAGUUUGCACUGGUCAGCCCUACAGGAGAGCAGUAUGACUGUUUACAAAAGCAGCUGCGAGAACGAAUAGAGGAAGGAUGCGGAGAAACCAUCUAUGUGGUUGGGAUGGGAACAGACGGUGGUGAUUAUGGUCUGGAUGAGAGGGAUAUGGAAGCAUCUGUCGCUACAGUGCAGUCACUUUGUGAACAGGUUGACGCCGACCUGAUUCUGUUGAGAGAGAGGACAGAGAUGGCAGGAUGCGUCCGCGAUUAUCUCAUCCGGCGCCGCGUGGGAGAGGCCGACUUCCUGGAAGUGAGAGUUGCGGUUGUAGGUAAUGUAGAUGCUGGUAAAAGCACACUUUUGGGUGUCCUAACCCACGGCGAACUCGACAACGGUCGCGGAUUCGCCCGCCAGAAGCUAUUCCGCCACAAACACGAGAUGGAGAGUGGCCGGACCAGCAGCGUUGGCAACGACAUCCUGGGUUUUGACCAGGAAGGGCAUGUGGUCAACAAACCAGACAGCCAUGGGGGCAGCCUGGACUGGACCAAAAUCUGCGAGAGGUCGUCAAAGGUCAUCACUUUCAUCGACUUGGCGGGCCACGAAAAGUACCUGAAGACCACCGUAUUUGGCAUGACUGGCCACCUACCGGAUUUCUGCAUGCUAAUGGUGGGAAGUAACGCGGGAAUCAUUGGCAUGACUAAAGAACACCUCGGUCUCGCUCUGGCCCUCAACGUUCCUGUUUUUGUAGUUGUAACUAAGAUAGACAUGUGUCCCGCUAACAUCUUACAAGAAACGCUUAAGUUAUUACAAAGGUUACUCAAGUCUCCAGGAUGCAGAAAAAUUCCAGUUUUGGUUCAAAACAAGGAUGACGUCAUUGUAACAGCCUCAAACUUCAGCUCAGAAAGGAUGUGUCCGAUUUUCCAGAUUUCGAAUGUGACAGGUGAAAACAUGGACUUGUUGAAAAUGUUCCUGAACCUGCUGUCUCCCAGAACGACAUUUAAAGAUGACGAGCCGCCAGAGUUUCAGAUUGAUGACACAUAUUCAGUGCCGGGUGUAGGUACUGUAGUAUCAGGAACUACUUUACGUGGAUUAAUACGGCUGAACGACACGCUGCUCCUCGGUCCAGAUCCUCUGGGCGUUUUCAUCCCCAUCAUCGUCAAAUCCAUUCACCGCAAGCGCAUGCCUGUUAAAGAAGUGCACGGUGGGCAGACGGCCUCGUUCGCCCUGAAGAAGAUCAAGCGCUCAUCAAUCAGGAAGGGAAUGGUGAUGGUGUCGCCACGCCUCAACCCACAGGCAUGCUGGGAGUUUGAGGCAGAGAUUCUCGUACUACACCAUCCGACGACGAUAUCUCCAAGAUACCAAGCUAUGGUUCACUGUGGCAGUAUCAGACAAACGGCCACCAUCAUCGGUAUGAACAAAGACUGUUUACGGACGGGGGACAAAGCCACCGUACACUUCCGUUUCAUCAAGACCCCCGAGUACUUUCACACGGACCAGAGACUCGUCUUCAGAGAGGGCAGGACCAAGGCCGUGGGCACCAUCACUAAGCUGCUUCAAAGCAAGCCUCAGGCCAAGAUGCAGUCUACCAAGAAAACCUCGUCACAGGUGGAAGGCUCUUCAUCAGCCAGCGAGGAAACCACACAGAUGGGAGGAAGCCCUCAAAUGGGACAACUGUUGAAGUCUGGUGGAAGUGGGCGACGGCGUGGCGGCAAAUGGCACAAAGCCAAAUCAGCACUGAGCAGCACUGGAACGACUCCUUCAGCAGCUGGAGUGGGCGGCAACUGAGCUUCCUCCAUCACUACUGGUCAGCUGCCUUUAAUGGUUUAAGUGAACACCAGAGGGCAGUAAAGCCUUUUUUCCCCCUUUCUUUCUUUCUUUUUUUUUUUCCAACUAAACCGGACUGAGCUAUUUCUCCCUAAUUAGAAAUGUUCAUUUCAGCUGACACAAUCGUGCCAAAACCCUGACUGACAAGCAGCUGUUGUGUUCCCCGUCCACCCUUAUCAAACCCUUUUUCUUAAUAUUCUGUCAGCCGUUGGAGUCUCGACAUCCUGUAAUAAACACCCCGAAAUCCUGGAUUUUGUAUCCGGAAUGUUUCCCUGAGGACCCAAUUAAGGAGCCUACGACUGAAUCCCUGUUUGUGUUCAGCGAUUUUGCUUUUUUUCAUGUCGUUUUCCUCCUUCAAUUGAAUUUGGCAAAUGCUAACGCAGAUGAAAGGGAGAAAUCUGUUCUGCUUGUCAAUCUCUCAUGCCCCCUCAUCCUCUUCUGAUUUUAAUGAGCGUUGUAGCUGCCGAGACGCAUAAAACCAUGGCAGAUAAAACCGGUCCCUCUCAGAGUGUCACAAAUUAGGUGGCUUUCUGCUCUCCCAUGAUGCUUUUUCAUUUUGUGACCCAGCAUCACUUUCAAAAGGUCUCACCUUUUCAACAGAGAAAUGUAUUUUUAUUUUUUUUUGGCGUAGAACGGGAAGCUAACUGAGAUGACAUAUGGCAAUUAUUUCGGAUUUCUGUUGCCACUUUCUCAUUAAAAAUUAUUUUCUGUCUACGCUUAUUUAUUCUAAACUCUUUUUAAUUUAAUUUCCCUGUGCAAGACACCCUUGAGCCAAUGAAAGCGAGGAUAGACCUUGAAUAAAAACAAAUAAAAUGACUAAUUCGCCCAAAAAAUGACAAGUCAGCAUUUAUCCACCGUUCCAAACCAGUAUGACAAUUUACUUUUUUUUUUUGUGGAAGAGAUCAACAAUAGCGUCAUUUGAGAAACAACCGAUAUUUAAGUCAUUGAUUACCGAUAUUCUUCUCGAGCUGUUAAUUGUUGUAAGCAGAUCAUUCAGGUUUUGUUACUCUAUAAUGAUUUGUAUACAAAUCUAAAAGACCUGGGGGGACGUCAAGAUUUUUUAAAACUAGUUUGUUUCUUAACUUAUGUCUUCAAAAGAGUUGAGAUAUACUGUAAAUGUCAUAUGGACCACAUUUAUGGUGCUUUUGAAGCUUGAAAGCUUAAGUUCCCAAUGUAAUUGUGACAAGAGCAACUGUUGCACAAAGGAAAGAAAGUCAUAGUGGUUUGACAUUUGGACAUUAGGAGUAAAUGAGCACAUUUUCAUUUUUUGGGUGAGCUAAUCCUUUAGAUAUGAACCUAAAUUUGAGUUAUUGCACCUAUUAAUCUGUAAUAUAUAUUCACAUAUCUGUAUGAUGCCUGUUUGGGAUUGCAUUCGGUAUGAAAUUCGUCAGGGAAAGCUGUGGUGAAAUGCUGUAAAGGUCUUGAAGUGCCCUGUUAAAAAGCCAGAAAGAUCAACGAUUAGCCGUGAAGUGGAGGAUUUAAAGUCUAUUAUAUACUGCAAUACUAAUCCAGACCAACAUAGUUCAACAUAAGAAAUAUCAAACAUUGUCUAUUAAGAUGUGGUUUCAUAAUUUCCAUUGCAAUUUUAAAAUGAAAGAAAAACUCCUACACAAUAGCUUUCAUUUACUUUGUAUUCAUGAGCCCAAUGUGUGGCGUUCACACAAGACAUCGUUCAAGGUUCUGGUUCUUGUUCUUGGGUUGAUCUGCUGUUCUUGUCUUUUGAAUCAAUAAAGGUGAACCACAAAGUCUGUACUAUCAGGGAGAUCUGUAGACAUUGAUUUUAGUUUUAUCCGAGGCAGCCAAGUAGAUUUGAACCUCUCUCUGUUUUUUUUUUUUUAAACACACGAUCUCUAAGCUCAGUCAGAAUAGCUUACAAAGACCACAUGCAAGCCCUUAAGUUAUGCAAAAUAAUUUAAUACUUUAUCUUCAGGAACCUGAAGGAUAAUAUUAUUAUAUUUUUAUUUACUUAUAUAUAUAUAUAUAUAUAUAUAUAUAUAUAUA